AUGGGGAACAAAGCUACAACAACUGUGAAAGAAGAACGCGAAGAGAUCCACUUGAAGGUUGUACCUCCAGUAGACAGGGCUUUUAUGCGUUGGCUUGCAAGAGAUCUACAGAGAGUUCAGGGAUUCAAACCGAAGAACACUCGUGCCAUCACUCCUCCUGAUAGCUACAUCGAGUUCAUGCGGUUGAAUGGAUCGCUUGAUGUUGAUUUGGAUGACCCUGAUCUUGCCCAUUUGUUCAAGUAAAACAAAAAUGGUGGCUGCGUUUCUUUCUUUUUUUUUUUAACAGCUCAAGCUUUUUCAAAGUCUUAGCGUCUCUUUUGAUUACUUUACACUUGAGCUUGUGUGUUUAAAUGGGAUACAAGUGUCUGCAUUCAGAUAAACAAAUGUUUUCUAUUCAGUUGUCUUAACAUUGCCAAAAGUUGUAUGAGCUGGUGGAUUUAAUUUGGAUUUUAUCUCAAAACUCAAAACAUAAAUAGUUUUCUGUUUUCUGUAA